AUGGCGCCCCCGGCCGAGAUCUCCAUCCCCUCGACCAUCCUCUCGACCGGCGAAUCCAAACCCUACACCCUCUAUAACAUCACCCUCCGUCUGCCCCUCAAGUCCUUCGUCGUUCAGAAGCGCUAUUCCGACUUCGCCGCCCUCCACCAAACCCUCACCUCCCUCGUCGACUCACCGCCCCCGAAACCCCUCCCGGCCAAGUCCUGGUUCAAAUCCACCGUCUCCUCCCCUGACCUUACCGAGCAGCGCCGCCAGGGCCUCGAGGCCUACCUCCGUGCCAUCGCCGAGUCGCCCGACCGCCGCUGGCGAGACACCACCGCCUGGCGCGCCUUCCUAAACCUCCCCUCCACCGGCGUUGGAAGCACCUCCAACUCGGCCGCGAGCGCCCACGGCCUCAUCACCAGCGGCCGCGCCGGUGCCGCCGACCCCACCACCUGGCUCGACCUCCACCGCGAGAUGAAGACAUGCCUGCACGACGCCAGGAACCAGCUCGCCCGCCGCGACGGCGCCGUCGAUAGCAACAACAGCACCGCCGCCGCCGAGGCUGGUGCCGCCGCCAAACGGUCCCUCGUCAAGGCCGGUACUCUGGUCAACACUCUCACCGACGGUCUGCGCGCCAUGCAGGAGGGCGGUCGCCUCGGCGACGGUGAGCUGCGGCGUAGGAGGGACCUCCUCUCGUCGGCGCGGGUCGAGCGCGAAGGGCUCGACAAGCUGAGCAACAGCAUGGCGCAGGGUACCAGCCGCAGUGGCGGCGGACGGGAAGGGUGGGCCUCGGUAGGGGACAAGGCCGCGCUGCUCGGUGGGAACCGCAACGGCGGGGCGCGGACAGGGGGACGGGUCUUGGGCGCCCCGCUGCCGGAGAAUGAGCGCACGCGGGAGCUGGACAACGGCGGCGUCGUGCAGCUGCAGCGGCAGAUGAUGAGCGAGCAGGACGAGCAGGUCAACACGCUGGCAGCUAUCGUGCGCCGGCAGAGGGAGAUGGGCUUGCGGAUCAAUGAAGAGGUGCAGGAGCAGACCAAGAUGCUCGACCGACUCAACGAGGACGCCGACCGCGUCGGCGGCAAGAUUGACGUGGCCAAGAAGCGCGUCGGCAAGUUCUGA